AUGCAUCUAAUGAGAGUACUCGCCUCAAAAAAAAUGGACCAUAAGAAACAGCGUCAGCGCCUCUCAAUCAUAAAUGUAUGGAGAGACCCCACAGCGGUUCUCCAAAUUUGGAUAAAAAUCACGGUAGAAAAAAAACACAAAGAAUCAGAUCAAUUAAACGAAUCAAACGAAACAAGCAGUUCCGGGAACGUUGCUUUGAAAGUUUUUUUUUCCCAAGGAAUAGUCUGCAGAUCCCAUGAAGCGUAUUCAGUUUUCGGUUUGAGAUUUCGAUCAGUGACGAUUCGAAUUCCUCGUCAUCAUACACCCGAUAUUUUUUUUCGGGAAGAUCGAAAAUGCAUUUUUCUGGAAGAAAAAAAUUCCAUGUGUACAAGGACCCGUUCCUUCACGUAUAGUAAUUCUUUAUCGCAUCUCGAUCCGGACACAUAG